CAGCUUCUGUUUUACCGAAGAUUAUCCUGUGUAUUCUUUCCUUGUUUAUUUCUGUCUGCAGUGCCAAAAUAUAACCUGAGUGAGGGCAGGGACUGUAUUCUUCUUAACAGAUGUGUUUCAGUGCUUAGAACAAGGAGCUUGAAGGGUAAGAGAGGAGCUCAUAAUAUAAAAUCAUUUACCCACACAGCAACUAACUCCCUGUCGGGCUCCCAGGUGAGUCCCCAGGAGAGGUGCACCCAGUAACAGCUCCCUAACCACAGGAGGAUCCUCAACAGUCAUGGAGCAGAUUCUAAACUCAAAAAACACGGCCGGACAGUACUUGCAACACGCCCAGGAGGCCAACAGGUGGCGCUCGGAGGCCGCCCCCGGCCUUGUUUGGCAGCUCUGCCUGCAUUUCCCAGCUUGCUCCUCGAAAUCCACCCGGAAGUACUGCUGCGGUCCUGGGUGAGUGUUUUCUCCCCCACCCCCCCCUCAUCUACCGUGUUUGAGGGGGUUCGGACGCUGCGCAGAUGCUGAGAUUUUAAAGAGAACACUAGUCACCCCACUUCACGCAGCACUUGGCGUUAAACUUUCCAAUGACAAUCUGAAGACAGCAAGGAGGAAUGCUGCUUGGAUCACUUUGCCGUAGAGCUCAUUUUUGCAUCUGGGACAGAGCCUGGGCCGUGCCCCACCACUGACUCCCAGGUCUUUGCUCUGUGGAGACAGGAUGGACAGAUUCCUGGAGAAGAGGGCUCUGGGGAGCCCUGUGGGAAAGAGGGAGCAGGAGCAGACAGGAGCAGGCUCAGCCGAGUCGGGAGAAGACGAGGAAAGCACCAGGAAAAGGCCCAGGACAGAAAGCCCCGGGAAUGGCACUGGCUUGGCGGGCCUCAGCUGGCGACGCAUUCGGUCUGAGGGCCUGGACUGCGAUUACACAGUCCUGUUUGGCAAAGCCGAGGCGGACGAGAUUUUCCAAGAGUUGGAGCGAGAAGUGGAGUAUUUUACAGGUGCGCUGGCCAAGGUGCAGGUGUUUGGCAAGUGGCACAGCGUGCCCAGGAAGCAGGCGACGUACGGCGACGCCGGGCUGACCUACACGUUUUCCGGCCUCACUCUGUCCCCCAAACCCUGGGUCCCGGUGCUGGAGCGGGUCCGAGACCGUGUCUCUUCGGUGACUGGGCACACCUUCAACUUCGUGCUCGUUAACAGGUACAAGGACGGCUGCGACCACAUCGGGGAACACCGAGAUGACGAACGAGAGCUGGCUCCUGGGAGCCCCAUCGCCUCCGUCUCCUUUGGGGCCUGCAGGGACUUCCUCUUCCGGCACAAAGACGCUCGCGGGAGGAGCCGCUCCCGGAGGCUGGAGGCGGUCAGGCUGCCGCUGGCCCACGGGAGUUUACUGAUGAUGAACCACCCGACCAACGCUCACUGGUAUCACAGCCUCCCCGUCCGCAAGAAGGUCCUGGCUCCGCGCGUCAACCUGACCUUUCGCAAAAUCCUGCCUACUAGGAAGUGAAAAUAUUUUUCCUGACUUCCAUUUCGGACAAAAAUAAACAGGAAUGCAUAAUAGUGAAGUUCCACCUUACAAUGAAGGACAGCCACCUCACACUGUCAUUCAUUCACUUCGUGAGGAGCUAAUUUUGGAAAAUCCCAGAAAACCAGCAGCCCCCAACGGGGAAGGCUGCCGGUGGAGAGCCACUCACCUGUAGUCCGGAACCACCGGGAGGGGGAAGGGCAUUGGGGCUGGCAGGGUGGGCAACAAAGACGGGGAGCAGGCACCAUUCAUAAAAAUUUGGGCUUUGGGGCCCCCUGGCUGAUUCAGACCUGCAAGAGAAAAAGGCCCGAGGCAGUUAACAAUUAGCAACGGGUGUGGGUAAGCAAAACAUGGUUUUUUAUUAUGCUGAAAUGUAACUACCCGACAAAGAAAAUACACAUAGUAUUUCUUUUUGUUACUGU